UGUUGGUGAGAUCCGGUGGAAGCUGAGUGUCCGGUGCUGGCGGUUGAAGGAGCGGUUACCAUGGGAGCGAGUGGAGACGGCGCCAGUCCGAGCGGGGACGGCGGCCUCCCGGAACCUGAGCAGCCCGGCACGAACCCUUGGAACAUUAUGAUUAAGCACCGCCAAGUUGCUCGAAGGGGCCGGAGGUCACAGAUGGCAGUGAGCUUCACCAAUCCAAAUGUAUCCAUGGAUUUAUUGCGAACUGUCCUGCAGCCCCACAUCAAUGAAGAGAUCCGUGCUGUUAUCAAUAAGUACACCAAGUUUUUCCAGAAGGCUGCGUGGAAUGUGAAGGAAAACAUUGGAGAAGAUGUGGACCCUGAGCAACUGGUGCAGGAAACCUGUAAAAACUGCCUGGAACAGGCUAAAAUGAUGUAUUCAGAUGGAGGGAAGAUGAUUACCAAACCCGGUGGAGAGCUUGCUGCUAUAAAGCGUUCUCGACAAAUGGAGGAUGAUCUGAACCAGAGAGGAAGUCCAAUCCCAAAGAAGAGAAAAGGCCGUCCACCAGGACAUCUGAUUUCAUUUGACCGUACGACCUCCAGUGCUGCAGUCUCAAAGGUGAAGUACAUUGAACCAAUCAAACGGGAGGGACCUAAGUGGGACCCAUCCAGGCUGACUGCAUCAACCACAUUUGUGCUUGGGUCACGUGCUAACAAAGCCUUGGGAAUGGGUGGUACCCGUGGAAGAAUCUAUAUUAAACACCCUGAACUAUUCAAGUACUCUGCUGACUCCCAAGACAAGCACUGGCUCGGAGAGAAGCACCACAUGCCAGCCACAGGGGGCAAGAUGGCUUACCUGCUGAUAGAAGAUGAUAUUCGAGAGCUCGCAGCCAGCGAUGACUACAGGGACUCCCCUGAACUGAGACUGGAUGAACUCCGACCUUUUGUCGUUCCCUAUUGGAUUCUGGAGAAGAUGCAGAAGUACAUGCUGGCUGUACGAACAGAGAAGGAGUAGGAAGCAGGGCCGAACUGGGAAGGGAGUGGGCACUAGGCAAGAAGCUUCUGUCUGUCCGGUGGUCUGCUGAACCCUCUUGACGACUGGCUGCAGUUUCUGUGGCUGGUGUUUCUGAAAAUGCUACUCGGUCAGAGAGUAUGUUACCUGGCUGAAGAUCUGCAAGCAGUCAGGAAGCACUGAAGAGGCCAGAGCUGAUAUUGGUCAUACUGUGUGAAAUAAGUCAUGGCACUCUUACUAAAAGGGACCUCUGUUCCUUUCACCUAUUAAAACCUGUCUAACAGUCACUGAGAUAUCCUUUAAAACUUCACAGGCAUCUGAGCCCUGGAGGGAACUGACCCCCACAAUAAGGUGCCGUGAGCUAUUGUUCACAUGCUGCACUGCCCUGUCUACAGGUUGGAAUGUGAUUGUCUCCUGGCCCAAGGACUUCAAACUGACAUGUAUUUGACACAGCACUCUGCAACCUUUGAUGUGGGCCAGACUACUGUGUUGUCCAGGGAGACACAUUGACCUUGACAAUCCAUAUACAGGCCCAGAUUGCUGCAUGUGGGUCACAGACAAUACCUCAGCCUAACCGUGAGUGUCUUGCCUGUGUCUCUGUGCAGUGAGCACACUUAAAUGUGUGCUUCAAUCAACAGUAUUGAGACCUCAGCCACUUCUUGUGUGGAGCAUCUGGUGAACAGGAUCCUAUCUCUAGAUCAAUGUGGUUAAACCUAUUAAUGUUCUCCCACUUUUGGUGGGGGGGGUGUGAUGAAGAGAUUUACUGAUGAGAUCAUUGUCAGCAGAAUGCUGAACUAUGAUUCCGAACAGCUUUAUGAUUUUGUUACAAGUGUGAGAAGCUCCCCCCCUCAACUUGCCAUGUCUGUUCCAUUCCUCACCCUGUUUCCCUUAGCUUCAUGGUCCGUCUGUGCUCACCCCCCUCACCUCCUUACCCAUGCUGUCCCCUCACUCUCUGGACUUCACUCUCCUUAUGAGGUUACUAUGUAUUACCACUGGUACAGCCGGACAGCGUAUCCUACAAUGUAAAUGGAUGUUCUGCAUCGUUAGAUGCCCAUAUGACAUCAACAUGUUAGCUAUCGUUAGUUUAUUAAGUGUGAAGAAGAAUAAUUGAGUCAGGUCUCAGACAAAAGGAUGGUAUCUAAUUUCCAUGAAGAAUAACAGCUCAUCGGAGUAGAUAUUUAAUUAUAUGAUGUGUAGUUAAAACAUUAUUUGUAGACUUGCAGUCCCAGGAACGCCAAGCUCUGACAUUAAUGAACCCAAAGUGGUCUGUCAGUCACAAUUGCUUUUUGUUGCUUGAUGAUUAACUUGAGAGAAAAACUGUUAUCAGGGUUUAUAUUAUCUGUGUCAAUGUUAUUGGACAUACCAGUAUAUGUAGUUAAAUGCAAUAUCUCCCAAUACAGAAGUAGCAGUAGGACAUUAUAGCUUUUUGAUUUUUCUAUUGUGCAAGGUUAGAUAUGCGGCCAAAUUGUAGCGUUAAAUAUUCCCAUGUGGUUGUGAAACAAAAAUGUGGGAAAUUAAAUACAAGGUUCUGCCAUGCUGUGAAUUCAACUUUCCAAUGUUGCAGAAUUGGAUCGUUAUUGCACUCUUCUCAACAAUUAAAUACU